CCUCAAACCAUUGUCUCUGAGCUUCUUCAUCUUGAGCAAGAGCCACCCAUUUCAUAAAGAGGCAAUUUUUGGGUUUCUUUUUGAGUCAAUUAUCAAGAAAUGGAGGCAAUGAAGGUGAAGCUUUUUGUUGCAAUGAUGGUGGCAGUUUUGGCCAUGUCUGCGGUGCAGAAGGCGUCAGCCGCCGAGCCUCCAGCUCCCAGCCCGGCAUCUGACGCUGCUGUCUAUGUCCCAACUUUCGUAGCUUCCCUUGCUGCUUUGGCUUUUGGGUUCUUCUAUUGAGAAUUGGGUAGACAGCAUGGUUUCUAAUUCUUUCUGUACCCAUUUGCUCUGUCCUUCUCCUCACACGUUCCUCUUUUCUCACCUCUCUCUUCCAUGGGAGAGAUGGGUCGGAGAAGAGAGGAAAUGGGUUUUUCAUUUUUUAUUUAUUUAUUGUUGAUGUUUUAGCAGGCUUUGAUUGGUGUGAAUUUUGUGUUAUAUUGGAUUUAUGUAUAAAUUUCUGUAAUUUUCAUUUUUCACUUGGAAUGUGGGAUUCAGAUUAGGCAAAUAAGGAGAUCAAGCGGAGGGAAGUGAUGUCUUGGUUGGUGGUGGAUUUGAUCAUACUUCUUGUAUCUUGUUCCAUUUUCCAUCUUUCUUUCACUUGUGUAUCUGAUUUAUUCUACUACUAAUAAAAUAUAUUCAUUUCU